AUGCCCCCUGUCAAAGCUAAGGGUGGGCGCAUGAUGGCCCUGAUUGACUACCGCCUGCGUGUUACACUAAACGAUGGUCGUCAAAUGACUGGACAAUUGCUCGCAUUCGAUACCCACAUGAAUCUUGUGUUGUCUAAUGCGGAAGAAUUCCGACGAAUCAAGCCAAAGAAAAAGAAGACACAAAAGGCAAACAAGAAGCAAAAGGUAUCGCAUGGAGAUACGGCCGCCGGGCAGGCCCACAUUGAUGAAGAGGAGGACGACGACGACGAACCGCUCCCGCCUGUACAAGAGCAGAAGCGGACAUUGGGCCUGAUUAUCCUUCGUGGUGAGACCAUCAUCAGUAUCAGUGUGGACGCACCACCACCUGAAUCGAAACGAGAUAUGCCGGUUAUGGCGCCGGGCCCAGGACGAGGCGUACCAACCGGACGAGGCGCUGCGAUGGGUGCAGUGCCAAUGGUUCGCCCGCCAUUUGGUCCUCCGCCAGGCUUUGGUGGCCCACCACCAAUGGGCCCCCCGCCAGGAUUUGGCGGACCGCCUCCUGGAUUUGCACGUCCACCACCAGGUUUUCGACCUCCCGGCGCGUAA